CCACUCCGCUGCAGAAGCGGCGGCGAGGAAUGGCUUCGUCGGAGAAGCGCCGGGCGAGCACCUCGCCGUCGGCCACCGCCCUCGCCUCCACCACCACCACCACCACCUCAGCCUCUUCGUCCACAAACCCCACCUCGUCGUCGCCUUACUUCCUGCCGUUGGUCGCGAGCCGCCUGACGAACCUCCAGGACUUCUUCGCCCUCCGCGCCGCCUGCCGCACCUACCGGGAUCUCAUCCCGCCGUCGCCGGCCAACCUCGCCUCCCAGGCUCCGCUCCUCCUCUUCCCCCGCAUGGCCUCUGCCUCGGGAGCCCUGUUUCACGUCCCCCUCCGCCGCAUCCUCCGCUUCCGCCUCCCCUGCACCCGCCUAGGUCGCCCCACCAAAUUCCACUCCUUCGGCUUCCGCGUUUCCACCCAGGACCGCGCCGGCUAUGACACCUGCCGCGAGCUCCGUAUCCGCCACCUCCUCACAGGCGAGCGAGCCCGCCUGCCUGAUCUCCCGAGACCGAGAGACUCUGAAGAAGUCGUCUUUUCCGGCGACCUCGUUGUCACCUUCAGGAAAUGCUGCUGCGUCCUCUACUACUGCCACAUUGGGGAUGAUCACUGGCAGGCAGUGUACUGCGAUGUAGGCCACCUGCCUUACGAUCUGAUGUUCGUGAAAGGCACCCUCUAUGCGCUGAUUUACAAUUACUCACAUUACCGCCUCGCUGUCGUCAAGCUUGGCAAGAAUUCUGCGGUAUUGUCGUUUCUUGGAGAUAAAUUGAGUGUGCCGGAAGUUAACUGUCCAAGGUUCUGGCUAGCAGAGCGUCGUCGUGAGUUAUUGCUCAUUGUCGAGGUGGAGUUCGAUCCAUGUGUGUACCAUGUUUUCUAUCUGCACUCUGGGAAGAAGAAGUGGGAGAGGACUACUAGCCUUGGUGGUUGCAGCUUGUUCUUUAAUUUGCAUGAGUUUGCCGGUUGCCUUGGUCCAGAUCAUCCGGCAGUUCGAAGGGACUGCUUGUACUUCACUGGGUGCUCUGGGAAGUGGAGCGAGUAUUCUUUGGCUGAUGGGUCUUAUCAUGAAUUCGUUAUCGACCACCCAGGGCGAACUGAGGAUUAUGGAUCUCCGGUUUGGGUCCUUCCAAGCAUUUGCUGAUGCAGUAUCCACAAGUUCUCAAGGAGAGAAAUUAACCUGCGAAGCAAACUGCGCUUCAGGUUGAUCGAAGUUGGCUAUUGGACGCAACAUUAUUGUGUUGGCAACAGAGAUCUUGGACAAGGGAGGGUAGGGGGGGUUCUAGUAUAUGCUUUGUGCCUGUGGUCUGUAACAUGAUGGUGAAGAGUAUUUUGCUUCAGGGGUAUUUUGGUUUGGCUGGUUAGUGGUAGUGCUUCGUCCAGCUGCUGCACACAUUUUUUUGCGUAAACGAACAACUCUGUCUAUGAAGUGAAGUUGGCUGCAA